GUGGCUUCGGAGGGAGCCUUCCCCGCCCGCUUCGCUCUCUCUCAGCCGGUUUCUUCGCUGACCGGCUCGGGCGUGUGUGUGCGUUUUGGUACGCGGGGCUUUCCUGCUGGUCGAGCGGAGCGGAGGUGGUGGGCGGCUGUCUGGCUGUUUCUGUCUCUCUCUUCCCGGCGCCAUGGCAGAGCAGGAAAGCCUAGAGUUCGGCAAGGCGGACUUUGUGCUGCUCGACUCUGUCUCUAUGCCGGAAUUCAUGGCCAACCUCCGGCUGAGGUUUGAAAAGGGGCGAAUCUACACUUUUAUUGGGGAAGUGGUUGUUUCAGUGAACCCUUACAAGAACUUGAAUAUCUAUGGGCGAGAAAUGAUUGAGCAUUAUAAGGGUCGGGAGCUGUAUGAAAGGCCUCCUCAUCUCUUCGCCAUUGCAGAUGCUGCAUACAAAGCCAUGAAGAGGCGAUCAAAGGAUACAUGCAUCGUAAUAUCAGGUGAGAGCGGAGCAGGCAAAACAGAAGCCAGUAAAUACAUCAUGCAGUACAUAGCUGCCAUUACUAAUCCAAGCCAGAGGGCUGAGGUUGAAAGGGUGAAGAAUAUGCUGUUGAAAUCCAACUGUGUUCUAGAGGCCUUUGGCAAUGCCAAAACCAACCGCAAUGACAACUCCAGCAGGUUUGGAAAAUAUAUGGAUAUUAACUUUGAUUUUAAAGGAGACCCAAUUGGCGGGCACAUCAAUAAUUACUUGCUGGAAAAGUCACGGGUGAUUGUUCAGCAGCCAGGAGAGCGUAACUUUCAUUCCUUCUACCAGCUACUCCAAGGCGGUUCUGAGCAGCUUCUACGUUCUUUACAUCUACAUAAGGAUUUAUCUGCUUAUAGCUAUAUCAGUCCUGGUGCACAACUAAAGUGUUCUAUCAAUGAUGGUACUGAGUUCAAAGCUGUUUCUGAUGCCAUGAAGGUGAUUGGGUUUGAGCCAGAAGAGAUACAGACAGUAUUCAAAAUUCUGGCUGGCAUUCUUCAUUUGGGCAAUUUAAAGUUUUCUGUGGAUGGUGAGACACCGGUGAUUGAAAACAGCAAGCUAGUAUCUGUCAUUGCAGACCUGCUGUCGACCAAGACUGAUUUGGUGGAGAAGGCCCUACUAUUUCGAACAGUUGCUACUGGUCGAGACAUCAUUGAGAAGCAGCAUACAGAACAGGAGGCUACCUAUGGCAGAAAUGCAUUUGCAAAGGCCAUAUAUGAGCGUCUUUUCUGCUGGAUUGUGAUGCACAUCAAUGAUGUGAUUGCAGUGAAAGGCUACAACAACACAGUUCAUGGAAAAAACACUGUCAUUGGAGUGCUUGACAUCUAUGGCUUUGAGAUCUUUGACAAUAACAGCUUUGAACAAUUCUGUAUUAAUUACUGCAAUGAGAAGCUGCAGCAGCUCUUCAUCCAGCUUGUUUUGAAACAAGAGCAGGAAGAAUACCAGCGUGAAGGGAUUCCUUGGAAACAUAUUGACUACUUCAACAACCAGAUAAUUGUCGACUUGGUGGAGCAGCAGCAUAAAGGCAUCAUUGCCAUUCUGGAUGAUGCGUGCAUGAAUGUUGGGAAGGUCACAGAUGAGAUGUUCCUGGAGGCUCUUAAUAACAAAAUGGGCAAGCAUGCUCACUUCUCCAGCAGAAAGCUUUGUGCCACAGAUAAAAACCUGGAAUUUGACAGAGACUUUCGGAUUAAACACUAUGCUGGAGAUGUUAUCUAUUCAGUCACUGGAUUCAUUGACAAAAACAAGGACACCUUAUUUCAGGAUUUCAAGCGCUUGAUGUACAACAGCUCCAACUCUGUGUUAAAAAAAAUGUGGCCAGAAGGCAAACUGAGCAUCACAGAGGUGACCAAGCGACCAUUGACUGCUGCUACGCUUUUCAAGAACUCCAUGAUUGCUUUAGUGGACAAUUUAGCAUCUAAGGAACCAUAUUACGUUCGCUGCAUUAAACCCAAUGACAAGAAGUUACCACAUCUGUUCGAUGAGGAGCGUUGCAGGCAUCAGGUGGAAUACCUUGGACUUCUGGAAAAUGUCAGGGUCCGACGAGCAGGAUUUGCUUAUCGCCAGACAUACGAAAAGUUCCUUCACAGGUACAAGAUAAUCCCAGAAUUUACUUGGCCAAACCACAAGCUCCCAUCAGACAAAGAGGCUGUAAAGAAGCUGAUUGAACACUGUGGAUUCCAAGACGAUGUGGCCUAUGGGAAGACCAAGAUUUUCAUUCGCACACCACGGACGCUCUUCACAUUGGAGGAACUGCAUGCUAAAAUGCUUGUAUGGGUGGUUCUGUUUUUACAGAAGGUUUGGAGGGGCACUCUGGCUCGCCUUCGCUACAAAAGGACACGGGCAGCACUCAAAAUCAUUAAGUGCUAUCGUCGAUAUAAAGUGAAGUCUUAUAUCUGUGAGAUUGCCCGUCGAUUUCACAAUGUGAAAUCAAUGAAGGAUUACGGAAAGCAUGUGAAAUGGCCCACCCCACCUAAAGUGCUUCGGCGAUUUGAAGAAGUACUACAGGCAAUCUAUUUCAGGUGGAAAGCACAUGAACUUAUUAAAAGCAUUCCCCCCAAGGAUUUGCCUCAGAUCAGGGCAAAGGUUGCUGCAAUGGAGCUGCUGAAGGGGCAUCGAGGUGAUAUUGGACUCCAAAGAGCUUGGCAGGGAAAUUACCUUGCAUCAACUCCAAAUAAUCCUCAGGCUACAAGCUCAUUUGUCCCCAUUGCCUUUGACUUGCAAAGAAAGGACAAAUUUAUGAAUGUCCUUUUCUCAUCUCAUGUUCGCAAGAUAAAUCGCUUCAACAAAGUGGAAGAUCGAGCAAUUUUUAUCACUGACAGGCAUCUGUAUAAGAUGGACCCUACAAAGCACUACAAAGUGAUGAAAAUGAUCCCAUUGUACAAUCUGACAGGUUUGAGUGUCUCCAAUGGAAAAGACCAGCUUGUGGUUUUCCACACGAAAGACAACAAGGACCUAAUUGUCUGCCUCCUCAGCACGCAUCCGCUCAAUGAGAACAGAAUUGGAGAGUUGAUUGGGGUUCUAGGAAGUCAUUUCAAAAGUGAGAAACGCCGCCUGCAAGUGAGUGUCACCAACCCGGUCCAGUGCAGCAUGCAUGGUCGGAAAUGCACCAUCUCUGUGGAAACCAGAAUCAACCAGUUGGAGCCAAACUUCACCAAAGAUCGGGCAGGCUUUGUUCUUUGUGUGCCUGCAAAUUAGCAAUACUUCAGCUAGCAUGGGAGACCAGAGAGCAGCUCCGCCUUGAAGCAGCCCUCCAUUCCCCUUCUGUCUUUUGAACAGCAGGGGCGGGAGGUGGGGGAAGAUAGUCAUAACGAUGUUUGUGACACACAUCUAGACAUCUCCCAAGCUGCACUAAGCAAGAGCUGAAAACAGCCCUUCUGCUAUGUCAGCUUCAAAUUUAGAGGUGACGUCUUAGCCAAAGUGCCUUUUAUUAAUAGGUUUUGUAUCUGGCUCUUUACUUCUCCUGUGUCUCCCCAUUCUCAUACCAAAAAUGUUUGUAUAAUUAAUUCUUGAAGCUCAAUUUGGAGCAGCCAAAGUCUUGCAUGGGCAGAAACAAAAGUCAGCCAGUUUGGAUCUGCCAAAGACCAAAUCUUAAUUUUAAAUGGUGAUCAUACUUGGGGAGAGGUAGACUUUCUGUAAUAGAUGGGGGAGGAGACUGAUAGCAGUUUUCCACUGGGCUAUUUCUUAUUCCAUUUUAUCUUUUUUCCCCAAAGAGGCUUUUUUAAUCAACUCAUUAGAUUUUAUUAGGCAUUUGUCUUUCCAGCCUCAAGGGAAAUGGUCCUGAGGCUAGGAAUCAACUGCUUUGCUGUGUUGGUUACUGUGACACAAUCCAACACCUUGCUACUUUGCACUGUAUUCCUACUAUAUGAAUUUUAGGUGGUUCUGCCUAAAUAGCACAACAGUACUAGAAAGAGCACCAGGAUUGAAGUAUAUUCAUAAACUUCUUUCCUUUUCCCCACCCACCCUUUUGUGUGUUUCUUGGCAAAGAGUGUCCCCAACAAUUAUCUUUCAGGCGCUGCUGUUGGUUGCAAGCAGUGGAGACCAUUGCUUCAGAGGAACACAUGCUUUAUCCAAGCAGCCGACAUUAUUCUGAGCAGCAUAAUCUUGUAGCUGCCUUUUGUUAGUUGCACAGCUUUCUGUUAAGUAGCAGUGUGUCCUUGUUAACAGGCAUAUGUUUCUUCUUGUGCCAAAAUUAGCAUGUGUUGCAUGACAAUGAGGGAGAUUGCAUCCAGCAUCUUGCAGCAUGUGAGGAGAUGAAGUGCUUUGAAAAACCCCUCCCCCUGUGCCCCCCAAGCAGUGAGUAAAUAAAACCAAACCUGAUACUGCAGGUCAGGUCAGGUUAGGAUGAUUCAACUAUGCUUGUAGGGCAGUGGGUAGGGACUGUAGCUGUAAUUUGUAGUUGAUUUUCAAACUGGGUAGGGGGGGAAAUGUAACCCUUUGCAGAUUCAUGAAGUAAGGAAGCAAAUUUCUACUUUCAUGGAAAGUAGGGAGGUAGAUAAAAAAUUGCUGUAGAUUUUCAAGCUAUUCUAAGUAAGCAUUGAACUUAAAGAGGAAGAACUCUUAUCUGAGAUGACAUAUUUAUCUUCCUUUGUGAUCUGGUUUUCCACUGAAAAGGAUCACCUCCUCCAGUCCUUUCCUUUCCCUUUUUUAUCACCUCCUUCUAUAUUGCAUGACCUCAGUCUUGUAAUAUCUUAAAAGUGCUACACUAAUAGAGCAGAGGUUCAAACAAGGAACUAUUCAAAGUAUUUAGCCCAUUCCCAGCUACAGUAUCAGAGUGCUUAACAGCUUGCAUUGUAGCCUAUUGUAGCUGAAAAGUAUGUGGGAAUGUGCAUUACUGUGUUCUUGGGGGUGGGGAGUAUUGUCUCCAGACCAACUUGCCAAGUAGACUAAGAAUAUGAACUCCACUCCUUGUUGCCAGUAGUAAAACAGGCUUACUUCCAUCCAUCCUCACCUUAUGCUCUUUCUACACUUCUGUCUUAAUUAUCAGAGUGCCUUCCAGCUCUCACUGUUCACAGCAGCCAAAUUAGCCACAUAAAGUUUUUUAAUUAGCACUUUUAUAUGGCAUCCCAUUUUAAUGGCUGUUUGCGAAUAGUGACAGAGGUCAAUAGUAUUUUCUGUUGAAGAAGUCCAUAUCUAUAAAACUGUCUGUCUCACAUGUAAUGAAGACUUUGCCUUAAUUUAAAGCAAUAGGCAGUAUUUGUGCCUUUCUAAUUUGUGUCAGUGUGAGUAUGAAUGAGAGUGACUGUCAGGUUCUUGGUUUUAUCUAUAAAUUAACUUUUUCUUAAUUGUAUGUUUGAUUUUCAGCCCUGGGGGAAUGAUGUAAUGAACUUUUUAAAAUGUAGUUUAUAAAUGUGGGCACAAAACCUUAUCAUAAUUAAAAUGUAUUUUGUUUACAUAAUUAAUAGCAAUAAAUAAAAAAGAUAUCAUUUAUACCCAA